GGUCGGGUGCCGCACUCCUUCCUCCUGCAGGUUGGAUGGUGGUUUCCUUUCGUCCGAGCGAUCGUUGUGACGUUUUAUUUUUUCUGCUGAAGCGAGUUAAAGGCAGGAUCCAGAAAUGAGGAAGGUUUUGCUCGUGGAGCCGGUCAUUUUCGUCUACAUAUUCGCGAGUUCCCUGACGAGCCCGGUGAUGCAGCAGUUCAUUUACCGAAAGCUGUGGGAAGAGGAGUACAACUCCACCGCCAUCAGCAGCGACAACAGCAGUCACUGUGAGCGAAACAAGAGCAGCCCAACUUAUGUCAUGCAGAAGGGUGUUCAAGAAAAGACUUCUCUUUUUAACAUGCAGCUGGACUUAACAGGGGCAGUUCCCAGCCUGAUAGUUGCUUUUAUCAUUGUAGCUAAUGGGGAUCACCAGGGACGAAAAAAGUCUUUGGUUUUACCAUCAACUGGAGCUUUGAUUGCAGAUAUUUUCUUCACUAUAAUAUCAUACUUCUCCUUGCCAAUCUCUGUCCUGUUUUUGGUUACAUUUAUUUCGGGACUGUUUGGGAGUAUGGCAACUUUCCUUGGAGGAGGCUUUGCUUAUAUAGCAGAUCAGUGUCAUGAUGAGAAACAGAAAACAACACGAAUAGCUGUGGUUGAUUUAAUUUAUGGAGUUGUAUCUGGAUUGGCAGGACUGUCUUCUGGAUAUUUUUUAAGAGAAAUGGGCUUUACAUGGACAUUUGUGACAGCAUCUCUACUUCAUGUUGUUAACAUUAUUUAUAUUGUUUUUUUUCUGGAAGACACAGUGCACAUAUCCGAAUUCCAGCAACAGGCACCAUUAUCUUAUAAAGAACAUCUAAAAGAAACAUUUUCUGGAGUGUACAUGCUUUUUAAAACUGCCCCUUCUAAAAAGAGAAUUUUAAUCAUUGUGUUACUUUUUAUAUUUAUGACUUACUUAUUUACUAUGUUUGGGGGGAGUUCCCUUUUUACACUGUAUGAACUGGAUGAGCCACUGUGCUGGACUGAAGUGUACAUUGGAUACGGAGCAGCUGCGUUCACUUCUGUCUCUCUGACCAGUUUUUUGGGAGUUUACUUAUUUUCUAAGUUUCUCAAAGACAUUUACAUUGUGUUUAUCGGGAUAUUUUCUUACAUUGGAGGAAUUGUCAUGGCUGCCUUUGCCAAAACAACCUUGCUCAUGUUUUUAGUAAGAGUGCCAUCUUUAUUCUGCAUUAUGCCUGUUCCUGUUCUCCGAUCCAUGCUGUCAAAAGUGGUUCUCCCCAGUGAGCAGGGUGCCGUGUUUGCUUGUAUUGCCUGUUUAGAAGUUUUGACUGGCACUAUUUCACUUUCAGUCUUUAAUGUUAUCUAUGCAGCUACUGUUGCAUGGUUUUCAGGCUUUAGCUUCCUCUUGUCAGCCAGCCUGUGUCUAAUUCCACUGGGCGUACUGUGCUGGCUUCUGUGCACAAGCUGGAAUGAAGAGGACUUGGCUCUGCUUGUACCUGAAGAAGUAUCCAGCAUAGACAGCGUUGAUAGUUGAACAGAGGAGUCACCAACUAUUUGGCUUUUCUAAUCUGACGUGCUGUGGCAAAGGCCAUUGUGUCAUACUGAGACCAUAGAAAUAACUCGUGAGUUGCAGAUGAAAUCUAAAACUGGCCCUAGAGCACUAAGCACUGAAUUGAUAGCACUCUACAUCCAGUCUUUUUUUAGCACUUGAAUGAACCUAUCUACUGUACUUAACUAUGCAGACAGGCCGGCAAUGGAGAUUUUAAUGCUGUUUUCAGCAUGGAGAAAAAAAAUAAGGUAGGUUGAUUGUCUUUUGCCACUUACCCCAUCUCAAAUUUGAAAAUAUAAGCUGUGGAUUAUGAUACAUCUUGUGUCAGUCUAAGUGGGAGUACAGAGAUAAGCUUAUCAGCCCCUUAGCCAGAGGAUGUUGGCAAUUCUGCUGGAGCCAGUGGAGCUCAUGCCAGCUGUGCAUGCAGUCCACUGCAUACAUCUUAAAAGGUCCGUCUUAAGUGUGAAGCCCACAGAACUGUCUAAAAUUACUGAACAAAAAGGUACUUCUUUCAGAAAGCAACUGAACGGAAAGCAAGGCUUGUACCUGCUGUAAGACUUACCUCUCUGCAGUUACCAGAGAAUGUUUGUGCAAGUUCAAUGUAUGAUGUGUGCAGCUUGCCUGUGUUUUAGUUCUUAAAAUGGAUUUUCACACUUAGGAAAUUUCCAGCCUGUAGAAUGUGAAGUUAAGCCUGUCCCUACAUUUUGCAGAGGCCAUAUUGCACAUUUAUUUUUAAAUUAUAAAUCUUUUAUCAUUUUUUUCAUAUAUUAGAGACUACCUAAAGACACCUCUAUGUUUUGUCCCAUGGAUAUUUCUUGUUUUCCAGUUAAGCUGGCAACAUUGAACUUACUUUGAAUUUCUAAUGAAAGGCUGUAACAGCUUUUUUUUCAGUGGAUCUUCAGCUACUUUUUCUAUUAAUUCUGAAAUGAGGUGACCAAAUCUGAACUGUGCAUCUAAGCAUCUUACAAUGAAUGCAGUGUAAUUUAUUUGCACUUGAAUAACAUUUCUAAUCUUCAAAGCACUUUACAAACGCUGCUGGGAACUUGCCUCUACAAUAUAUUAUCCUCCCUGUUUCAGAGAAACAGAAAUCAGCAGAGAAGAGAAGUGACUUGCCCUGGGCCACAGUGCAAAUCAUGGAGAGCUCUAAACCUAGAAAUCAGUUUUCGUGUUGAUUCUUCAGCUUUUUCCUUGAGAUCUAUAGGCAGAAACUAGCCAGAGUAUUAGCUUUUGGAAUGCAUAGCAAAAGUGGGAAUAAUAAAAAGUGGGAAUAAACACCCUGUUAAAGAUCACUCCCAUGUGUUAUUUUAGGAGAGAGUUUUAUAGCCAAAAUUGUCCUGAUCUCUGAAAGGAGAGAGAGGUUAUAAGUGACUAUCUUCCCCAAAAAAGAGUAGUUAGAAAAAUCAAAACGUACCCAGAGACAGAUCGUUAUUACCAAGAGUACUUCUGCAGAGCUCCUCAGGAGCACUCUGCCAAAAAAUAUUAGUACAUCAUGGCAAUGCUGUCAUGGAUCCUUUUUGUUUGAAAGGCAGUUUUGUUUUCAUGAUAUGUGUCUUGACCACUGAGAAGAUUGAAUGGUCAAGUAAGGUAAAGUGGAGUUGGCACAGUCUGGCAGUCCAUAGAAUCACACAACCAAAAAUGGUUUGAGUUGGAAUGGAGCUUCCAGCCCACCCAGCCCACACCUCCCAGCAGCUCAGGCCACCCAGGGCUGCAUCCAGCCUGGCCUUGAGUGCCUGCAGGGAUGGGGCACCCACAGCUCUCUGGGCAGCCUGAGCCGGUGCCUCACCACUCUGAGAGAAAAGAUCACUACUACCCAUCACUGGGGAAAAGGACGUGGAAGGACGUGGAGCUCUUGGAGCAGAUCCAAAGGAGGGCCUCUAAGAUGAUCAGAGGGCUGGAGCACCUCUCCUAUGAGGAAAGG